AGGCAGAGGCGUGACGUCUUCAGAAGUUGAGCAAACACCUCCUACUUCCCGGGCUCCCAUCCCAAUUUCGGCUGGGAAUUCGGAACCUGCCCUGCAGCGGCUCGGAAGAUCCGAGGCGGGGGGAGACCAGUCGGCGCCCCAGAGCGGACGAGUCACCAGGUGUCAAGAUGCUGCGAGUACGUAAGACUGCACUGGGCAGGCUAGGGGUCAGCCUCUCCAGGCAUCUUCAUUACAAAGCUGUGUUGGCUGUCCGGAGGGAGGAUGUGAACGCCUGGGAGAGAAGGGCUCCUCUAGCUCCCAAGCACAUCAAAGGCAUCACCAAUCUGGGAUACAAGGUCUUGAUACAGCCUUCGAAUCGGCGGGCAAUUCAUGAUAAAGAAUAUGUCAAAGCCGGUGGCAUUCUUCAGGAGGAUAUUUCUGAAGCUUGUCUAAUUUUGGGAGUUAAAAGACCUCCAGAGGAAAAAUUAAUGUCCAGGAAGACUUAUGCAUUUUUCUCCCACACAAUAAAAGCUCAGGAGGCCAAUAUGGGCUUGUUGGAUGAGAUUCUUGAAAAGGAAAUUCGACUUAUUGAUUAUGAGAAAAUGGUGGAUCAUAGAGGAGUACGGGUUGUGGCAUUUGGACAGUGGGCUGGUGUGGCAGGGAUGAUCGACAUUUUACAUGGAAUGGGUUUAAGGCUCCUUGCUUUGGGACAUCACACACCUUUUAUGCACAUUGGCAUGGCUCAUAACUACAGGAAUAGCAGUCAGGCUGUGCAAGCUGUCCGUGAUGCUGGCUAUGAAAUAUCUCUAGGUUUGAUGCCUAAGUCAAUAGGGCCCUUAACAUUUGUGUUCACAGGAACUGGUAAUGUUUCUAAGGGAGCCCAGGCAAUCUUUAAUGAGCUACCUUGUGAAUAUGUGGAACCCCAUGAAUUAAAAGAAGUUUCCCAAACUGGAGACCUCAGAAAAGUGUACGGGACUGUGUUAAGUCGCCAUCAUCAUCUUGUCAGGAAAACAGAUGGUGUGUAUGAUCCUGCAGAGUAUGACAAACAUCCUGAGCGCUACAUAAGUCGUUUUAAUACUGAUAUUGCACCCUAUACAACUUGCUUAAUUAAUGGAAUCUACUGGGAACAAAACACUCCUCGCCUCCUAACUCGCCAAGAUGCUCAGAGUCUCCUGGUUCCAGGCAAGUUCUCAGCUGCUGGUGUGGAAGGCUGCCCUGCACUACCACACAAACUUGUGGCAAUAUGUGACAUUUCAGCUGACACAGGAGGGUCUAUAGAGUUUAUGACUGAGUGUACAACAAUAGAGCGUCCUUUUUGCAUGUAUGAUGCAGACCAGCAUAUUAUUCAUGACAGCGUUGAAGGCUCUGGGAUCCUGAUGUGUUCUAUUGACAAUUUGCCAGCACAGCUCCCAAUUGAAGCCACGGAGUGCUUUGGAGACAUGCUUUACCCUUAUGUUGAAGAAAUGAUAUUAUCAGAUGCGACACAGCCUCUUGAAAGUCAAAAUUUUUCUCCUGUGGUGAGAGAUGCAGUGAUUACAUCCAACGGUACAUUACCUGAUAAAUAUAAAUAUAUCCAGAAACUCCGGGAAAGCAGAGAACGUGCUCAGUCACUUUCGAUGGGCACCAGGAAAAAGGUUUUGGUUCUUGGAUCUGGCUAUGUAUCUGAGCCCGUACUAGAAUAUUUAUCAAGAGAUGACAAUAUAGAAAUAACAGUAGGCUCUGACAUGAGGAAUCAAAUUGAACAGUUAAGGAAGAAAUAUAAUAUCAAUCCUGUUAGCAUAGACAUUUGUAAACAAGAAGAGAAGCUGGGCUUCUUGGUGGAAAAACAGGAUCUUGUUAUCAGCUUGUUGCCGUAUGUAUUGCACCCUCUUGUGGCCAAGGCUUGCAUCACAAACAAAGUUAACAUGAUCACUGCAAGCUACAUCACACCAGCAUUAAAAGAAUUGGAAAAAAGUGUGGAAGAUGCUGGCAUCACAGUUAUUGCUGAAUUGGGAUUGGACCCUGGUCUGGAUCACAUGUUAGCAAUGGAAACAAUAGAUAAAGCCAAGGAAGUGGGAGCCACGAUUGAAUCAUAUAUUUCCUACUGUGGUGGACUUCCUACCCCUGAAUAUUCAAACAAUCCACUGAGAUAUAAAUUUAGCUGGAGUCCAGUGGGAGUUUUGAUGAACGUAAUGCAGCCUGCCACCUAUCUGCUCAAUGGAAAGGUUGUGAAUGUUGCAGGGGGCAUCUCCUUUCUUGAUGCCGUGACGUCCAUGGAUUUUUUCCCAGGAUUAAAUUUGGAAGGCUAUCCUAACAGAGACAGUACGAAAUAUGCUGAGAUUUAUGGCAUUUCUUCUGCUCACACUUUGUUGCGGGGGACACUGAGAUACAAGGGAUAUAUGAAAGCUUUGAAUGGAUUUGUAAAAUUAGGUCUUAUAAACAGAGAAGCGUUUCCUGCCUUUAGACCUGAGACGAACCCUCUCAGCUGGAAAGAACUCCUGUGUGACCUAGUUGGGAUUUCACCCUCCUCUGAACACAACGUGUUGAAGGGUGCUGUUCUUAAGAAACUAGGAGGAGACAAUACCCAGCUGGAGGCUGCUGAAUGGUUGGGCUUACUUGGGGAUGAACAAGUCCCUCAGGCAGAGUCCAUUGUGGAUGCCCUCUCCAAGCAUUUGGUCAUGAAGCUUUCCUAUGGCCCUGAAGAAAAAGAUAUGAUUGUGAUGAGAGACAGCUUUGGAAUCAGACAUCCUUCUGGACAUUUAGAAAAUAAAACGAUUGAUCUUGUGGUUUAUGGGGACAUCAAUGGCUUUUCAGCCAUGGCUAAAACUGUGGGGUUACCCACCGCCAUGGCAGCCAAAAUGUUGCUUGAUGGUGAAAUUGGAGUCAAAGGCCUAAUGGGGCCCUUUUCAAAGGAGAUCUAUGGACCAAUACUGGAGCGAAUUAAAGCAGAAGGCAUUAUGUAUACUACACAGAGUACCAUUAAACCAUAAUUGGGAAUUAUAUUUCAUUUUUUUCUUCCCAGGCAAUACAGCUCUGAAGAUGUCUGUGAUAAACGGACUUGCUAAUGUGCUGUUUUAAAGUAUAAAGCAUAAUAUGUUUUGGUUAACACAAUGUUGUUUUUGAACUAUAAAUCUUUAUUUUAAUAUGGAAAUGUUUGAAACAGGAGAGGCCACCCACUACCGGAGAACUUUAAUAAUUCUACCCCGUAUUUUAGAAAUACGUUUGUGAAAGUGAUGAUUGUGCUAUUUGCUAAUUUAUUUUGCCACUUUUUUCUCACAAGAACACAUUGUCCUAUACUCAGCAGAUGAAGUUUUACUCUUUUAGUCAGAAAAACUUCCUCAUAAAGCUAUAUUUUUAUAUUUUUAAAAUUGACACAGUUAGCUUUGGAUUACCUAUGUAUGUGUCUUUGCCAAAAUGCUAUUUUAUGCCCUUUUUGUAAAGUUGCAAUUUAUUUAGUAAAUGUAGUUCCUUAUACUUUUCUCUUGAGUGUUUGGAAAUGAGAAUAGAUAACACUGAAUCACAGUUUACAAGAUCACCUCAUUAGGCACAGAAAAAGUGUUUAACAAAAUACAACACCCUUUCACAAUAAUAACAAAACAAAACAAAACAAAAUGAAACACCUCAAUAAACUAGGAAUAGAGGAAAACUUCCUCAACCUGAUAAAGAACAUCUAUGAAAAACCCACAGCUAGCAUCAUACUUAAUGGUGAAAGAUUGGAUUAGUGCCCCCUGAGAUCAGAAGUAAGACAAGGAUGUCUGCGUUGCCCAUUUCUAUUCAACUUGUACUGGAUAGUCAAGAAGGGGCAAGUAGACAAGAAAAUGAAACAAAAGACAUCUAGAUUGGAAAGGAAGACGUGUAAGUAAGUAGAGAUGGGAGAUGAUAUGGUGAUUUUAUGCAUAUGAAUCCAAAGGAAAUCUAUAGAAAAUCCAAAGACAUGAGCUA